AUGACCACGAUGUGCACUUGGAUAGUAGUUGAUUACUGCGAGAGUGACCAGGCUGCUGUGGAUGUUAAUAGCAGUUUGCGUCAUGCUUCACGGGGUUUACACAUUCAAAACUCGCAGUCAACCCCACAGAAGCAAACUAUCCGGAGGCAAAACCUGCAACCACCGGAUUUGCAACGUGCUGAUGAGUCAUCGACUGAAGAGAAUUUGCCGGACUGCGAUUCAACCGUUGGUGACGUGGUACAAAAUACAAUUUCUGCGACUAGUGGAUUUGAAGUUUGUGGAGCGAGUGCCGGUGUCUCCGCAAGGUCUCGUAGCACUGAUGCAUUACGGCCAUUUGUUCAACAAUGUCAUGAUGAACUUGACCUCGCAACCCGGAGACACAAUGCUCCGACCCCAGCACAUAUCGACGUAUCGGAGGAAGACGAGAGUUGUUAG